UAUAUAUAUAUAUAUAUAUAUAUAUAUAAGAGAGAGGCAAAGCUCUAUAAUCCAUACAAAGAUUACAGCUACAAGAAAUGAGAGAGUAGCAAUACAGAAGAAAAAAACAGAAAUUAAAUGAGAUGCAGCAAAACAGAAAACUUGUACCAGCAAGCAAGCUAAACAGUACCUCUAUCAGUGAAACUACAACCGAACCUGAACAUCCUGAAAACUGCAACAAAGUCAGCAGCCUUCUUUUGACAUCUUAGUCAAAAUUAUAUAUCUAGACAUACCCACAAUGAUUCAUUCCUGUUACACCCAUCUUUUGCAAGUUUAUCCGCAAAAGGGGCUUCUGGGUUGAGAGAGAGAGAGAGAGAAAGGGACAGAGAAAACCUGGAUGUGGCCGUUCUGUAGAAAAGGGGCUUCUGGGUUUUCAUCAUCUUCCACAGCUGAGGAUGUUACUCAUGGAAUCGAUGGGAAUGGUCUCGUUGCUAUUGUUACAGGGGCUACCAGUGGUAUUGGUGCUGAGACUACCCGUGUUCUUGCUUCGCAUGGUGUCCAUGUGAUUAUGGGGGUGAGAAAUAUGAUUGUUGCACAAGAUGUCAAAGAUGCAAUACUUAAGAAGAUUCCCACAGCUAAAGUUGAUGCCAUUGAGUUAGACCUUAGCUCAAUCGCAUCUGUUCAGAAAUUCGCAUCAGAGUUCAAUUCCUCUGGUCUUCCACUAAACAUUCUGAUAAACAAUGCAGGUGUUCUGGCAACCCGUUUCGCACUGUCCAAAGACAACAUUGAACUACACUUUGCCACAAAUCAUAUAGGUCAUUUUCUCUUAACAAAUCUUCUGUUGGAUACUAUGAAGAAAACAGCACGCGAAAGUAAGAAAGAGGGGAGAAUUGUUAAUGUCUCCUCCGUCACUCACCGAUAUGUUGGCGGAAUCAAUUUUGAUAAAAUCAAUGAUCAAUCAAGUUACUGCAGGUGGUUUGCAUAUGGGAAAUCAAAGCUUGCAAACAUAUUACAUGCCAAUGAACUUGCAAGACAUCUCAAGGAAGAAGGGGUGGAUAUUACUGCUAAUUCUCUUGAUCCAGGAGCCAUUGUCACCAAGAUUUUUCGUCGUCAACGUAUAGUUUCUGGUCUAGUUAAUACACUUGGGAGAGUCGUGUUUAAAAAUGUACCUCAGGGAGCAGCAACAACAUGCUAUGUAGCAUUGAACCCACAAGUCCAGGGAAUCAGUGGCGAGUUCUUUCAAAAUAGUAAUCUUGCCAAAGCAAGUUCAAGGGGAAAAGACAUUGAUUUGGCCAAGAAACUCUGGGAUUUCAGCAUGAAUUUGAUUAAGCCGCAGGACACCCAGAUAUAACGUAAAUGUUGUGAGAUCUGUCAUUAUGUAAUUUACUGUUUUUAAUAUGAUUUCCCUCGUUAAGCAUACAAUUUUGUGUGCCCCUGUAUCAGCAUCGAGUGUGUAUCAAUGUGUAUCAUGUGAGCAAUUAGAAAAGCAAAAAAAAUGUUUUGACGAAGCCAGUGUUCUUCUAAUGAUUUUCAUAUUGGUAUUCAAGUAUACACUGGUAAAUUUACAUUUUGUAUUUUGAUUGACAAUUAUGACUGUAA